CACCAAGAACCCCCAAAAUGUCUCUCCCAUACUCCUUGUUGUUCUUACUUGGGGUGGUGAUACUCACCGCCACCCCUUCUCUUGCUGAACACCCCAAGCCACCCACUUACGAGCACAAACCACCCAUUCCUCUCCCAUACAAGAAGCCACCACCGGAGCACCUACCACCAAAGCCAGUAUUCAAGCCACCACCAUUUGGAAAGCAUCCACCGUUCAAGAAGUCGCCACCGGUGCACUUGCCGCCAAAGCCAGUAUUCAAGCCACUUACGGUGGUAAAGUUUCCCCCCAACUACAAGUCACCAACUCCAUUCAAGAAGCCACCACCAAAGCCUUUUCACAAGCCGCCUCCGGUGAAGAAGCCGCCAUCAGAGUACAAGCCACCAACUCUGCCACCCAUUAUUGUUAGACCACCACCCAUCAAGCCACCAGUUCUGCCACCCGUUGUUGUUAGGCCACCGCCCACAAAAAAGCCAUUCCCACCUCAUGGUCGCUUCCCUCCAUACAAGAAGGCACCGCCACCACACUACAAGCCACCUUACUAGGCCACCAUUGGCUUUCCCUACCAACUGAGUCACUAUAUGUACUGUGGGUAGAUUAGCUGCUAGAAAUAAGAACUGCUAGUGAAUGGAUAUAAGCUUGCUUAGGGUUAUCCAUCAAUUACAAAUAGUGAGAAGGUUCAUGGUGGUAUUGUUUAGUGCAUUAUCUGUUCUAUUGUAACCCUAUAUGGGUGUAUGCUAGGAUGUAUGUAAAGCAGUGAGCACUAUCUUCAUUAUUAUAUAAUUAAUGUUAUAUGAAUUCCCAUUAUUCC